AUGGCCAAAAAUGACGAGGGAUGUGCUGUAGGAAUCGACCUUGGCACCACCUACUCUUGUGUUGCAGUUUGGCAGGAGCAAUAUGGCAGAGUAGAGAUCAUUCACAAUGAACAAGGAAACAGGAAUACUCCCUCCUUUGUUGCUUUCACAGAUAAUCACAGGUUGAUUGGUGAUGCUGCAAAGAAUCAGGCUGCUACAAACCCUGAAAACACCAUCUUUGAUGCUAAGAGAUUAAUCGGUAGGAAGUUUAGUGAUCCCAUUAUUCAAAAUGAUAUCAUGUUAUGGCCAUUCAAGGUUAUUGGGGGUGUUAAUGACAAACCCAUGAUCGUUGUUAAGUAUAAGGGUCAGGAGAAGCAACUUUGUGCUGAGGAAAUAUCUCCUAUUGUUCUAACAAAAAUGAGGGAGACUGCUGAGGCAUAUCUGGAGUCACCUGUGAAGAGUGCAGUCAUUACUGUUCCAGCUUAUUUCAAUGACUCUCAGCGCCAAGCCACCAUAGAUGCUGGUGCCAUUGCUGGUCUUAAUGUCAUGCGGAUAAUCAAUGAACCCACUGCUGCAGCUAUUGCAUAUGACCUUGACAAGAGAACUAAUUGUGCAGGAGAGCGAAAUAUAUUCAUAUUUGACCUUGGUGGUGGUACUUUCGAUGUGUCUCUCCUUACAAUUAAAGGACUUUUCUUUCAAGUUAAGGCCACUGCUGGAAAUACUCACCUAGGAGGAGAGGACUUUGAUAACAGAAUGGUGAACUACUUUGUUCAAGAGUUUAAACGGAAGAGCAAAUUGGAUAUAAGUGGAAAUCCAAAAGCCCUGAGGAGGUUGAGAAGUGCUUGCGAGAGGGCCAAAAGGGCACUCUCAUGGAAUUUAUUUACUACAAUUGAGGUAGAUGGUUUAUUUAAGUGCACUGAUUUCUGUUCAUCAAUGACACGUGCAAAAUUUGAGGAAAUUAACAUGGACCUAUUUGAAGAGUGUAUUGAGACAGUGAAAAUGUGUCUUGUUGAUGCUAAGAUUGAAAAGAAUAGUGUACAUGAUGUUGUCCUUGUUGGCGGCUCUUCUAGGAUUCCCAAAUUGCUGGAGUUAUUGGAGGAAUAUUUCAAGGGGAAGAAUCUGUGCAAGAGAAUCAACCCUGAUGAAGCUGUUGCUUAUGGUGCAGCUGUCCUAGCUGCUUUGAUGAGCGAAUGCAUUAAGAAUGUUCCUAAGUUGGAGUUGUUUGAUGUUACCCCACUGUCUCUUGGUAUUUUAACAAAAGGAGAUAUCAUGAGUGUUGUGAUUCCUAAGAAUACUACUAUUCCUGUAAAGAAGACAAAGGUAUACUGUACAAGUGAAGAUAACCAAACCAGGGUCCAAAUCGAGGUUUAUGAGGGUGAAAGACCAAGAGCAAGUGAUAACAAUUUGUUAGGUUCUUUUAUUCUUUCUGGCUUUCCUCUUGCUCCGCGUGGCCACCCAUUGGAUGUAUGCUUUGCUUUUGACGAAAAUGGUAUUCUAACUGUUUCUGCUUAUGAAAGUACUAAUGGCAAUGUGAAUGAGAUUACCAUAACCAGCGACAUAGUAAGACUGCCAACAGGAGAAAUUAAAAAAUUAAUUCAAGAAGCUGAGGAUUACGAGGUUGAAGAUAAGAAGUUCCUGAGGAAGGCCAUUGCAAUGAAUUCUUUGAAUAAUUACGUGUACAAGAUGAAGAAUGCUAUGAAAGAUACUAAUCUCAGUUCUAAAAUUGUACCAAUAGAUGAGCAGAAUAUUAAGGCUGCAAUUGUAGAAGCUGAAAAUUUGCUUGAUGACAACCAACAAGCAGAAGCCUAUGUGUAUGAGAACUGUCUCCAAAAGGUUAAAAGCAUUUUUGAGUCAAUUACGGUCAAGAGGAAGCGUGAAAGAAGUCCUGAGGUAAUUGUUUUGGAUGACUAUUUAGAUGGUUGACACAUUUUGAUGGUUCAUUUUUGGAGUUGCUUUCUUCUUUUUGCUGUGUUUGGGGCAAGAUACCUUUUAUGUUUGGGGUAUCAGACUUUAGAUUGCG